AUGGAGACAGACAAGACUGUCAAUCCACAGAGUCGAGGACGGCGGUUGGUGGUUGAAAGCUGGCUAGAUGGUAGAGAGAUGAAGAAGAAGCAGAAGAAGAAGAGGAAGAAGAAGAAGAGGCUGAAGAAGAGGUUAAAGAGGAGGAGAAUGAGGAGGAGGGAGAGGAGGGAGGAGCAGAAGUAG